AUGCCUGUUGGGAACAAAGUGUGUGAGCCAGAGGAGGUGCUGGUUCCCGCUUGUCCAGAAACAGCCUGUGUGGAGCGAGGCUACAUCACCCCACAGCAAGUGUAUAACCUGCUGAACGCAGAGGAAGGCCAGCCCGCAUUGUAUGAUCAGUACUACAUUCUCAUACUGGACUGUCGCAGCGCAGAGAGGUACAAGGUGAGCCACGUGGUGACAGCGCGGGCCGCUGUGACGGUGAUCCACCCUGAGCUGGGCUGUCUAAUCAGCUGUAUAGAGCUGCAGAAGUAUUCUAUAAUACUGCUGUAUGCAGAGGAGGGAUGCAGCCCAGUGGGCAGUGCGAAGGCCAGGGCAGACUCUCCCGACCUCCAGCGUUGUUUCUUCCAGCUCAGUGCACUGGGAAUGGACCCUGUCAUCCUGCUGGGGGGAUUCUCAGCCUUCAAUGCCCUCUACCCUUUCCUCUGCACACCACGUAUGGUCCUGCUGGAACCUGAGCGGCACACCCUCACCAUCUACCCCUCAGAGAUCCUGGAAGGGGCUCUCUACCAGGGCUCUGCCUCCCAGGCCUCUGACUACCGCAUCAUCAAGAAUUUACACAUCACACAUGUGGUCAACGCCACUGCCAACUCCCCUGAUGCUUUCCCCAACACGCUCUGCUACCUGAGGCUGCACCUGAGCGAUGAUGCUCAGCAGGACCUGGUGGAGGCACUGCCGCUGGCUUCCAGGUUCAUCAACACGGCGCUGAAGGCUGAGCCCUCCGGCUGCAUUCUGGUCCACUGUAGUAUGGGCAAGAGUCGCAGCUCAGCAGUAACGCUGGCCUUCCUCAUGGAGCAUCGAUGCUGGUCACUGCUUAAUGCCCUGCGCUGGCUGAAGGAGAGGAGGGCGUGCACGGCACCCAAUGUGAACUUCCUGCGCCAGCUGCUUGCCUAUGAAGAGCAGCUGUUUGGGAGCAGACUCACCUCCCUGGACGACAUCCGCCGAUGA